UCCCCAAAUUUUUCCCUUCAUUUUUCCCAUUUCCUUCUCUCCACCAACACCCCCUCUCUCUCUCUCUCUCUCUCUCUCUCUCUCUCUCUCUUCUUUCUCCAUCUUUCUCUCUCUCUCUCACAUAUAUAAUAUAGAGAGAGACACGUAUGUAUGUAUGUGUAUCUACGUGUUUGUGACAUUGGGGCGUUACUGAAGGGACAGUGGAGCGGAGAAAAUCUCAACAACGUUUGAUGCCGCCUUGUUCGAACAAUCGACUCUAUAUUACAGGAUUUCGGAUUACUUAGGUGUUUGGCAUUCUGAAAAUCGGAAAAUCGAAUGAGGAGAAUCUAGGUUAUCGAAAUUUAGUUUGAUAUUUUGGGAGUGGGGAGGGGUGGGGGGUUGGUAUUAGCGUCGCCGGCACAUAUGCUUUUUGGUUGUCGUUGUUGAAUAUAGUAAGCGCAGUUAUUACAGUUAUAUUAUGGGAAUAGCUUGUAAUCUGCAGCACUCUCUUCAAUACCGUAAUUGCUGUGAUAUCGCUCCUAUACAUAUACACCACACACUCCUGCUAUUCUUCUCUAUCUCUAUCUCUAUCCUUGUGUGAGAAAGAAGAAGAAUAGAUUUGUAAAAAAUUAAAAAGAAAUUGAAUAAUUAGAUAUGGACUUCAGCGGCGGCGGAGGCGGUGGUUCGAGCGGCGGCGGAGGCGGCGGAGAUUCGCACGACGGGUCGGAUUCGCAGAGGAAGUCGAAGCGGUACCACCGCCACACGGCGCAUCAAAUCCAGCGGCUGGAAGCGAUAUUCAAGGAGUGUCCUCACCCGGACGAGAAGACGAGGAACCAUUUGAGCAGGGAGUUGAAUUUGCAUCCGAGGCAGAUCAAGUUUUGGUUCCAGAACAGAAGGACUCAGAUGAAGGCACAACAUGAAAGGCAAGAUAAUUGUGCCCUGCGAGCAGAAAACGAUAAAAUCAGAUGUGAAAACAUAGCCAUCAGAGAGGCCCUCAAGAAUGUGAUCUGCCCCUCCUGUGGAGGCCCCCCGGUGCCCGAAGAUUCCUACUUCGACGAGCAGAAACUCAGGAUGGAGAAUGCCCAUUUGAAGGAAGAGCUUGACAGACUUUCCAGCAUUGCAGCAAAGUAUAUCGGAAGGCCUAUUUCACAGCUUCCACCAGUUCAGCCAAUUCAUUUGUCUUCCUUAGAUUUAUCCAUGGCCAGUUUCGGCGGUCCCGGCCUCCCCGGUCCUUCCCUCGAUCUCGAUCUCCUGCCGGGAAGUUCUAUGAGUGUUGUUCCGAAUAUGCCCUUCCCUCCGGUGAUGUCCAUUUCUGACAUGGACAAGUCUCUCAUGGCGGAUUUUGCCUCAAAUGCCAUGGAUGAACUGAUCAAGCUCUUGCAGACCAAUGAGGCACUUUGGAUCAAAUCGCCGCAGUCGUCGUCGGACGGUCGCGGCGAAAUCCUCAAUCUUGAAAGCUACGAAAGGAUUUUUCAGAGUCCUAACAGCCAAUCAAAGAAUCCCAAUGUCCGGAGCGAGGCCUCGAGAGAUUCCGGCGUCGUGAUCAUGAACGGCGUCGCGUUGGUCGACCUUUUUAUGGAUGCGAGCAAAUGGGUCGAAUUGUUCCCUACAAUAGUUGCAAGGGCGAGGACCAUCGAAGUGAUAUCGUCGGGGAUGCUAGGAGGCCACAACGGCACAUUGCAGCUGAUGUACGGAGAAAUGCAGGUGCUUUCGGCGCUGGUGCCGCUAAGGCAAUGCUACUUCCUCCGAUUUUGUCAGCAGAUCGAGCAGGGAUCGUGGGCGGUAGUCGACGUUUCGUACGAAAUGCCUCAUCAGGACAGCCAAUUUCCGUCUUCUUCUUGCCAUGCUCAAAGGCUUCCUUCGGGAUGUUUGAUACAGGACAUGCCUAAUGGAUAUUCGAAGGUGACUUGGGUCGAGCAUUGGGAGGUUGAAGAGAAGGCGCCCAUUCAUCGGCUUUACAGAGAUCUUAUACAGAGUGGGGCUGCCUUUGGAGCGAGCAGAUGGCUCUCGACUCUGCAAAGAAUGUGUGAGCGGUUCGCUUGCUUGAUGGUCGCGGGGAAUUCGAGUCGCGACCUUGGAGGAGUGAUUCCGUCGCCGGAAGGGAAGCGAAGCAUGAUGAAACUCGCGCAAAGAAUGGUGAACAAUUUCUGUUCGAGCAUCAAUCCUCCGAAUGGACAACAAUGGACGACGUUGUCCGGAAUGAACGAGUUCGAAGUCCGGGCAACGCUCCACAAGAGCAUGGAUCCUGGCCAGCCGAGCGGCAUCGUGCUCAGCGCCGCCGCGACGAUCUGGCUCCCGAUGCCGCCGCAGAAUGUGUUCAACUUUUUUAAGGAUGAAAGAACUCGGCCUCAGUGGGAUGUGCUCUCGAACCAAAAUCCAGUUCAAGAGGUUGCGCACAUUGCAAACGGAUCCCAUCCCGGCAACUGCAUAUCGAUUCUCCGGGCAUUCAACACGAGCCAAAACAACAUGCUGAUACUACAAGAGAGCUGCAUCGACUCGUCGGGAUCGAUCGUCGUCUACUGUCCGGUCGAUCUUCCGGCGAUCAACAUCGCCAUGAGCGGCGAAGACCCCUCCUACAUACCCCUACUCCCCUCCGGAUUCACAAUAUCGCCGGACGGCAGCCGCGCCGACGUCGACGGAGCUUCGACCAGCGCCAGCCCCGGCGGCGGCGGGAGCGGCGGGGGCGGCGGUGGCGGGUCGCUAAUCACGGUGGUGUUUCAAAUACUAGUGAGCAGCUUCCCGUCGGCACGAAUGAGCCCGGAGUCAGUGACGACGGUCAACAACCUCAUUGCCAACACUGUCCACCAAAUUAAAGCAGCCUUGAAUUGCAACAAUCCUUAAAUUAUUACGCACGUGCAUGUGAUCAGAUCCAACGCCCGCUCUAAAUGGUACUAAAUCCCAGUUCGUAUUAUCUUCUUUUCACGCCAUUAAUCAGCAGGUUCGGAUUCAGGCUCGGAUUCAGGUUCGGAGAAUGCUGCUGCUGCUGCUGCUGCUCUUAGAAAUUUAGGUUUACUUAAUUUCUUUCUUCUUCUUCUUUCUUUAUAUGGUUUUGGUUUGUUAUAAGUUUGUUUGGAGAAUUAUAGGAGUCAAGAACGCACCCGACGUGUCUUUCUUGCUGCUGUGUGUGUAGUGGUCAUUUUCCAUUUUCUUUUUUUUUUUUUUGGGCAAAUUUUAUUUUAUUUUAUUUUAUGUUUUGGUAGGAAGAUUGAGUGAAAAAAAAAAAAAAAAAAAAAAAACAUAGACAGCAAGAAAUGGUUACAUGUGUGGUUCGGGCAUUGACUUCUGCUGCUGCUGCUGCUGGUGAUGCUGUUGCUGAUGAUGAAUUCAAUUCUUUGUGUAAGAAUUUGUCUGCAA